UAGAUCUAGUGUUGGUUCAAGAUGGCGACCUCCAUGUUAUCUUGUUAAGCGGUCUGGUCUGGGAAAUUUAUCUGUGAUUACCGGAUUACCUAAAGUAAAGUAAAGAUGGAAAAAUUUGAUCUUCUUACUAAUUCUACUGAAGAAGCCAAGCAAAUUAUAUUGUGUUUGCAGAAAAUUGGUUGUUGUGUUCGAUGCAUUCUAAGAAAUCUUGGAGAAUUAAAUCCAGCUUCCUUCAGAUUGUCAACUGAGGAAUUGCAAAGCAUAUUACUCCCAGAGAUUGAUACAUCAAUAAAUGAGUGUCCAUGUCCUGGCUGCUUAGGAAUUUUACAAAAAUUUGCAGAAGAUUCCUUUUUAAAUCAGAUACUAGAUAAAGUGAAAGCAGAUGGAUAUCAGUUUUCUGAUCAUCAGUGUUCUCUCAUUGUUCCAGUAUCUCUUAUAGUAAGGCAAAAGGCAUUAUAUGUUCAUUUAAAACAGCUGUUUGGGGAGAGUUACAAAGGUAGUGAAGAUAAAAUAGCAUCAGUAAAGGAUGUGUGGAAGUGGAGCUGUGGAUACAGGCUAGCUGGUUUGUUGGAUGCCACAUUUCAGAAUAGGAGCCAGUUUGAUAUUCUUAUGACGUUUAAAUAUGAAGACUCAGAUAAGGAAUGUGCUUUUCUGUUGGAUACUCAACCUGACACAUUCAGAAAGAGGAAACAAAGAAAGUUUGGUUAUGAAACAUAUACAAGAGCAAAUGUUGCUAAGGCAUUAAAUGAAAUUUCUGAUUCUAAAUUUCAUGAUUCUGUCACAUGUCCACCUGUCAUCCCACAUAGUGAAUGCAAAUGCACUAUCUCCUGUAGUCAUGAUGCCAUCUUUAUAGCAGGUCGUUAUCAGAAGUACAGCCGUGAGCUGAGUCAAACCCCCUGGUUGAUUGAUGGGAAAAGAAUUAUGGAAGGAUCUGUUCAGGAGUUGAUAUGUGACCCAAUCCUAAAAACAUUUAAGCCCACAGAUUAUCGUUUGUCUUCAUCUGGAAGAGAAGAUGUGGAUGUGAGGAUGCUUGGCAUAGGGAGACCAUUUGUGGUGGAGUUAAUCAACCCUCAUUAUGUCAAAAUCUCUAAGGAUGAACUUCGUGAACUUCAAAAAGAAAUAAACUGUGUGUCAGCAUCUGUUCAAGUCAGAGACCUUCAAAUUGUUACCAGAGAGGAUACAAACAUCCUGAAAGAAGGUGAGACUGACAAGACCAAGUCAUACAGUGCUGUGUGUUGGUGUCAAAGAGAAAUUACUGAAGAAGAUAUCCAGAUGCUAUCUAAGCUACAGGAUCUUAAAUUACAACAGAAGACACCACUGAGGGUUCUUCAUAGAAGAACUGCAGCUACACGAGAAAGGACAAUUCACUCCAUGAAGAUAACACAACUAGCCAAUAACCGGUUCAAGCUUAACCUCACCACUCAAGCAGGAACAUAUGUCAAGGAAUUUGUUCAUGGGGACUUUGGUCGAACAUCUCCAAAUAUGAAUGAACUUCUACUGGCUGAAUGUGACAUCAUAGAUUUAGAUGUCGAGUCUGUCAAUGUUGAUUGGCCACCUUUAAUAGACCCUGUUCAACUAGAUGAAACAAACCUAUUAAAUCACAUUGAAUCAAAUAAUAUAAUUUCAAAUACAGAGGUGAAAGACUUGAAUUCGGGAAGUGCAACAACUUCUUAGAUUAUUAAAUUAUUGUAAUCUAUUUAUAUUUUAAAUGUUCCCUAAUUUUAAAAUGUUUGAAACAUAGAUUUAUUACAAUUAUUUAUAGAAAUUUUGAAAUAAGUUACACAAAAAAAUAAAAAAUAAAC